AUGGCGGUCAAGAGGGCUCACCCAAAAACCGAACAGGAGCAGAUGGAUGAGCGAUCUCAAAGGAUUGAAAAUAUUCUGCACAAAUUAGACGAAGAAGACAGCGCUAAAGGAAAACGAGUUUUGCCUUCACGACCGAACCUCUCAUCUAUAGCCUUGACGUUAACUCACCCUCAAUUAGUAAAUAUCGCCGAUUAUGUUGACUCUUCGACAGGCGUACUUGAAACAGUGAAGAUAUGCCAGACCGGGCGCGCACAAUAUAUAUACAACGCCGAAUUAUCGAAAACGGACCCAAAACGCUGCGAUUUCUCCGAUACGGUUGUUUUCACAGAACCGCCUUUGCCAUUUGUGGGCUUUUCCAAUCCUCCUGUGCCUUCCCCAGAGUUGACAAACAAUCUGGUUCAACUGUACUUCCAUCAUAUUCAUCCUUAUGUACCUGUAUUGCAUAAAGCCAAUUUCUUGAGGAGGUUGAAUAAUAAGGAUGGCAAUAAUCCUGUUUCGCCAUUGCUGUUGUAUGCUGUUCUGGCCAUAGCAUCAAAGUUCAGUGAAGACCCAGCCGUACGAACGGACCCCAUGGACCCAGACACUGCAGGGCUAGCCUACUAUAAUAAAGCAAAAGACUUGCAAGACGAAUUCUUUGACACACCAAGGCUGUCCACCAUACAAGCCUUAAUCCUUAUGUUGAAAUACCAGGAGGGAAUUCGUCGACCUGGCUUUUUUUACAGAAGCUGGGUACACUUUGGAACUAUUACCCGAAUGGUACAAGAUCCGGGCUUAAACAGGAGUUUUGACAAAUACAGUUAUCCCAUCUCUAACGAAGACAUGAUUGCCAGAAAGCGAGUGUGGCAAGUUUGCUUUCUGUGUGACCAAUUCAUGAGUGGAGCACAAGGACGAGAUGUUGUCAUAUCUCUCAGCCAGGCUGACAUAGAUUUACCGUUGAAAGAAGAAUAUGCCGACGACGAGGAAGAAUUCGAGCUCCAAACGAACUUUGUGCAUCUUGUACGCCUAGCUAAAAUACUCGCAAGCGUAAUGACAGUUAUUGCUCCAGCUGGUUCUGGUUCUCCGCUUCAGCCAUGGAAUUCCAAUCCCAAACUACAAACACUUGACCAGGCACUCGAAGCGUGGUAUGCAGCGCUCCCUCAGCGGCUUCAGUGUACGCGACCGUCGGAUCCUUCUACUAGCCCAGUCGUUCAACCUAUUGAAUCUCAUUUCUCCGGUUUCCUUAAUAUUCUUUACCACACAAUCGUAAUAUUGUUACAUCGGCCAUACGUGACUAAUUUCAAUCGAGCAGCACAACCAAACCACCACCAUUUGAAUAUCUGUUCUGCCGCUGCAAACAGCAUCUCACAAAUCGCACAAGUGGUGUACGAGAAAUGGGGACCGCUUGUAUUUCAAUACCCGUUGAGAGGAGGAAAUUAUGGCGUAUAUUGUCUUGUUUCCGCUUCAAUGAUCCACCUUGUGAAUAUGACGUCUCCAGAUGUGUUGGGCGCUAAAACAGCUCACGACCAUUUGUUGAGGACGCUUGGGGUUCUCCGAAUCUGUGUUGAACACAGUGCAGCAACGGAACUAUGUGACAAAGUAACGGCUCUGGAAGUGGCCUUUACUGCACAACAAGCACGUCAGUCAGCUAUUCCUGUCCUGUUCAAUCAAGGUGCUAAUCCAGCAAUGGAUCAGGUUAACGGUCUUAAUUAUGUCAAACGACGACAGAUGCAGCGCCGCCGUCAAACCGGAAUACCUGGCUCACAUCAUCACGCAACAGGCGCUCAUAUGAUUUCAAGUAGUUUGCCUAAUUUAUCUAUGCUAAAUCAAGCACCUCAGUUCCACGAGCGCUCGUUGUUUGCUUUACCAGAAGAUCAAGGCAUGCCGCCCACGUUUACAACUGAUGCAGGACAUGCGACCUACGAUUUCAUGAACACGCCGCUUGAUGAGAAUAGUUCGCUUCUCACUUCUUCCAUGGGAAACAUUCCACUUACUCCACCCAUGACAGUUCCUAACUCUGAAUAUAACUCAAUAAUGUCGAUCAACAACCCCAAAUCAAUAGACAUGAACGGUGGUACGAUAGACCCUAAUAGCACUUACUGGGAUUCUGAUCAAAUUUAUUUGUUCAAUCAAAUAAAUCAAAAUCAACAGAACAUAUGGUCGGGCAGUGGCACUAUUAGUCCAAUCAGCAUCAGUACGUCGCCCGUAGCUACACCAUCGCUAACGCAUUCCCAGGCGUCGCCCUCGUACAACGCUGCCCAUUCGGCUCAUUCGAAAGUGUCAUCUGCUGAAUCUACUCCAUUACAUGUACCACAUCAUCUACCAACUGUAAUAGACCCAGUGCUUGUUGCUUCUCAGAACCAGGAAUUACUUUUGGGAUCAGAUAGUAAUGGAUGGUUUAUGCAAUGA